AUGGUUACCCUUGGUUUUGCUCUUCACACAGGGAUGUUGGCCAAGUCCGUAUCAAACUGUAGCUAUUCUUUUAACACUGGUCAAUGGUCAUCCUUGACUUUGCAAUUCACGCAGAGAGAGAAUGAGAUCCGCCGAUUUAGGCGGAUUAUUCAAAAGUUCUAUAGGCUGAAGGCUUUGUCCACCUAUCCAACAAAUGUGGCAAUCAUUAUCGAACAUGGGUGCCACCCCAUAGUUGACUAUUUAAACCUCCCUAAUCCAACAACUCCCACCUCCUUUCUUAUAAAUGCCCGCGCCGCUCUGCGUAUGCCACCACUGGUGUGGGAUGUGAAAUUAGCCCGAUAUGCUCAAUGGUAUGCCACCCAAAGGCAGAGGGACUGUGCUUUGAAGCACUCCAACGGGCCGUAUGGUGAGAACAUCUUUUGGGGCAGCGGCAAUGACUGGACACCAGCUCAGGCGGCCAUGGCGUGGGUUGCUGAGAGGAAGUGGUACAGUUACUGGUCCAACUCUUGUGCUGAAGGACAGGAAUGUGGACACUAUACCCAAAUUGUGUGGAGCUCAACAAAGAAAGUUGGGUGUGCCAGGGUGGCUUGUUUUGGUGGUAGGGGUGUUUUCAUGACUUGUAAUUAUGAUCCUCCUGGGAACUACAUUGGAGAGAGGCCUUAUUAA